UACUGUAUACAUUUCAGCCAUGCCAUCUUUAACCAAAUUGUCUAACAAAUGCUGGAACCCUGAUUUGAUUAGGAAAUAAGAUUGCCUUCAUAUUUAAAUACACCCCUUUGUCCACCUGACAUCUUCCCCAGGUAAUUGAUACAAAUACAAACAACACAGUCUGAGAGGUCUGUGUAUGUGUGUGUGCUGGUGCCUGUCUGUUUUUUUAACCCCUAUGCUCUCCGAUUACCUGCAUGUACCAAGUUGUCUGGGCGGGUCUUUGUGGCCAGAGAAGGUAAAACCAGCUAAAAAAAAAACAAAUGAUACACUCAUCGACUGCACUUAUUGGCUAACACGUCACCAGAGAACAAAAAGGACUAUUGUGAGAUCUCCAUCACCUGAGAGUUUCUACACUGCAUUCCCAUCAGAAGGUUCUUCGGUUUCGCACACUUCUUCUGCAGAUGUAUUCUUGAGAAGCUUGCCGCCAAGUGGAGUCAAAUACUGGAUUUGAAGCAGGUCUCCGUUCUCUUUUGGGAUCCUCCAGUGGACUUUUGAUCUUUGGUCCAGAGAUGGCGAUGGGCUUCUCACCUGAGCAGGUGGCGUGUGUUUGUGAGGUUCUUCUGCAAAGUGGAAGCAUGGAUCGCUUGUCUUCAUUCUUAUGCUCUUUACCUUCAAUCUCCACAUCAUCCAACAUGUAUAUGGGUUUUGGCCAGAGUCAGGAGAGUGUGUUGAAAGCACGUGCUGCGGUCGCCUUCCACCACUGCCGUUUUACAGAGCUGUAUGCCUUGUUAGAGGGUAACGUGUUUUCCCCGCGCAGUCACCCUCUCCUCCAGCAGCUGUGGCUCCGGGCUCACUACAUGGAGGCUGAACUGCAGCGGGGCCGCCCUCUUGGGGCUGUGGGAAAGUAUCGCAUACGCCGCAAGUUCCCUCUUCCUCGCACCAUCUGGGAUGGAGAGGAGACCAGCUACUGCUUCAAGGAAAAGUCUCGAAGUGUGCUGAGAGAGUGGUACUGCAGAAAGCCGUAUCCCUCGCCGCGAGAAAAACGAGAUUUGGCUGCAGCCACCGGACUGACAGCUACACAAGUCAGUAACUGGUUCAAGAACCGCCGCCAGCGGGACAGAGCUGCGACCAGCCGCCAAGGAACUUCAGCAGGAGCGUUCUUGAGUUCAGAUGAGGAGAUCUCUCCUCCAGGAAGCCCCAGAACACUGUUCUCCUGCUCCCAGCAGCUCUCUGCCCACCCACCUCCUCUCCGCCAUCUGGGACCUGCACACUAUUGAGUGCACUGGAACACAGGUCAAACAACAGCAAUCUAAUGUGCUGCAAGCAUGUUUGUGUUGAGUUUAUAUGUUGGAAUACAGUUGACUAAGAGCAAGAGUUCAGAAAACAUGAGAUUUGUGGAGUCGCUGUAGUGUAAUAAUGGAGUGAAAUUUGAUAAUUUGUGCAUGCUUCUGAGAUUAAAGUAUUCAGGCACAACAAAUAAUAGCAGUUAGAACUUUACUAAAGGUGUAUUUUAAUGAAUUAUUUAUACAAUAAAGACAACACAGUUAUUUUAAAUUUGAAUAUUCAAUUUCUGAAUACUGUUAGACUCCCCAGAAAAGAACUGUUUAUUUCAUUUCCAUCUUUUGCUCUAUUCCAUUUAUCUAUGAUUUUAUGCAUGAGUCGCUCCCCUACCAAAUAGUCCUAAUCAAUAUAAGGAAAGAAUUUUUUCUAAAUAGAGCUAUACAGCAGAAAAACUAAAUAUUGCACUGUCAGAUUUUUGCAGCAUCAUUCAACCCUACUAAAUGACAAUACAAUUUCACCGAAAGUUCAUUCUGGAGCUCCAGUAAGUAAAACUGAAACACCAGCACAAUUCACAGUGAAUGGCAUUUUACACUGACCGGUCACUUUAUUAGGUAAACUUACUAGAAUUGGGUUGGACUCCCUUUUGCCUUCAGAACUGCCUUAAUCCUUUAUG